AGUCUACGCAGGAUGUUUGAUAUGAUCGAGUCCUUGUUUAUUAUAUCAGUAAACAUUAAGACAUAUAACAUUAUUAGGUAAUUUCCAAUUUGACGAUCGUAAAAUUGAAUUUGUUUUACUUUCAAUUUCAUUUCUAUUAGCAUGUCUUCUAGACGCCUUCCUGCUCCUCGUUACAGUGUGAAUUUCAACGAAAUAUUUGCAGAUAAUCAAUAAAAGGCGUACAAUUACGACACUAGUUCGAUCUUUCUCAGAUUCAGCGACUUGUAUUGCUUAAUGCCCGUCGUGGAUUGUUGACGAAUUCUCACAUAUGCCCAGAUCGAACCUCUAUUCAAAGUAAGACAAACAUUUUCUUCACUUUUUACUCGCUGAUCGUAGAGUGUACCACUUAUAAUUUUAUGAAAUCUAACGAAAGAAUGCCAAUGUUUUAUUGAAAUAAACUUUUUCAAUCACUAUGAUUUUACGAACGUCAAAUAAGAAAUUACCCAUUAUCAUACUAUUUCGUUAAAGUAGGUGAAAACCAUUUGAUGUUACUGCUCAGAGGUCGAUAUUAAUUCUGUUGUCCAGCACUGAUUGAAAUCGAAUACCAGAAACAGCAAAGAAUUAUUCACAGUGAAUACAGCAUCUAUAUUUAUCAUAUUUUCAAGACUAAACAAAAAUAUUACACAGAGCAGAUUUAUUUCCAUUUAUAUAAAUGAAAGUAUACCAGAAACAAUAUAGAAUUGUUUAUAUGAAUAUUUAUCAUCAUUUCAAGACUAAACAAAAAUAUUACAUAGAACAGAUAUAAUUCUACAGAUAAAUAUUUAUAUGGAACUGUUAUAAGUAUUCAGCAUUUGAGUUUUUCCUUGCUUUGAGUGUUUAUAACCAAUUUUUGCCAUCUAAUUCCACUUUUUCAUUGUAUAAAUCAUAUACAAACUGAUUUCACAUACUUAUUAAACUUGAAAGAAUUUACAAUGUUUGUGGCUUCAGAUAUCAACAAAUAUUACAUUUGGUGGAAAUAUGGAAGUAGAAAUAUUUGCUAGGAAUAAAAUAAAACAAAUCAUUUGUAUAUGGUGAUAAUAAAAGAAAAAUUAUGGAAAUUGAGUUAAGUGAAAAGAAGGUUAAAUGUGAAACAGACUCUAAAAGCAUUGAUUUUAUUAAUAAUGAAAAGAAUGAGAAAGGUAAAACACCAUAUCACUGUGAUAUUUGUGGUAAAUCAUUCACUCACAGUACCAGCCUGACUAAACAUAAAUGUAUUCAUACAGGAGAAAAGGUGUAUUGCUGUGAUAUCUGUGGUAAAUCAUUCUCUGAGGCAAGUCAUUUAGCUAAACACAAGCACAUUCAUACAGGAGAAAAGCCUUACCAUUGCAAUACCUGUGGUAAAUCAUUCUCUCAAAAUAGCAGCCUAUAUAAACAUAAACGUAUACAUACAGGUGAGAAACCAUAUUGCUGUGAUGUCUGUGGUAAAUCAUUCUCUCUGAAAGGUAACCUAAUCACUCACCAACGCAUUCAUACAGGAGAAAAGCCAUAUCGCUGUGAUGUCUGUGAUAAAUCAUUUUCUCAGAGCGUUCACUUGACUACACACAUACGCAUUCACACAGGAGAAAAGCCAUAUUUCUGUGACGUCUGUAAUAAAUCAUUCUCUGAGAAUAGCUCCUUAACUAAGCAUAAGCGUAUUCAUACAGUAAAGAAACCAUAUCAGUGUGAUAUCUGUGAUAAAUCAUUCUCUGAUGGAAGACGUUUCACUAAACACAAGCGCAUUCAUACAGGAGAGAAACCCUAUCACUGUGAUAUCUGUGGUAAAUCAUUCUCUCAAAGUAGUGACUUAGGUAGACAUAAACGCAUUCAUGCAGGAGAGAAACCAUAUCAGUGUAAUAUCUGUGGUAAAUCCUUCUCUCAUGGACAUACUUUAACUAUACACAAAUACACUCAUACAGGAGAGAAGCCAUAUCACUGUGACAUCUGUGGUAAAUCGUUUUCUCAUGGACCUGUCUUAACUACUCACAAACGUAUUCAUACAGGAGAGAAACCAUAUCGCUGUGAUAUCUGUGAUAAAUUGUUCUCAGAUGCUGCUCACUUGACUAGACACAAACGCAUUCAUACAGGACUGAAGCUAUAUCACUGUGAUAUUUGUGGUAAAUCAUUCUCUCAAAAAUAUAGCUUAAUUACUCACCAACGUAUUCACACAGGAGAGAAACCAUAUCACUGUGAUAUCUGUGGUAAUUCAUUCUCUCAUAGAUAUUCCCUAACUAUUCACAAACAUCUUCAUUCAGGAGACAAACCAUAUCGUUGUGAUGCCUGUGGUAAAUCGUUUUCUUAUAAACAUACUUUAACUACUCACAAACAUAUCCACACUGGAGAGAAACCAUAUCACUGUGGUGUCUGUGGUAAAUCAUUCUCGGAAAGUAGUUACUUAACUCAACACAAACGCAUUCAUACAGGAGAGAAACCAUAUCACUGUGAUGCCUGUGGUAAAUCCUUCUCUCAAAAACAUAACUUAGUUACUCACAAACGUAUUCAUACUGGAGAAAAACCAUAUCACUGUGAAAUCUGUGGUAAAUCGUUUUCUGGACACGUUUACUUAACUAAACAUAAGCGCACACAUACAGGAAGGAAACCUUAUCACUGUGAUAUCUGUGGUGAAUCAUUUUCUCAAAAACGUCAAUUGAAUGAACACGCUGCUACCCAUACGGAACAAUAACCUUAUAAAGAUCCUACAUUUUGUUGAGUAAAUUGUAUCUUUUUAUCAUUGGUAUAGCUAAUGAUUUUACUAUUAGUAAUUUCGUGUUAUUAAUGCCCAAUAAGAAAAUAUGAAUGUGCAUAUCACUGUUGACACAUUGAAAAGCACAGGUUAAACAUAGACUCUAUAGACUUUUUUAACUUUUUGUUCAUUAAUUUUGUUGAUCAAAUUCUUUUCUUUAUUCUCAUUAGUAAAUCUUGUAAUUUUAUGAAUGAGAGAUUUAGAAAUGUGAUAUUUUAAAAUAUGCAUGAAAUUUGUUAGUGUACCAAUAAAAAAAAAGAA